AUGGAGGAGAUUGCAAAGGAGUACGACGUCAUUGUGGUGGGCACCGGCUUGACCGAGUGCAUUCUCUCCGGUGUCCUGAGCGUCAAGGGCAGAAAGGUCUUGCACAUUGACCGCAACGAUCACUACGGAGGAGAGGCAGCAUCUGUCAACCUCGAGACGCUCUUCAAAAAAUAUGGCAACUACCAAAAGGGCGAGGAGCCGUGGAAGCAAUACGGCCGUCCCAACGACUGGAACAUCGACCUCAUCCCCAAGUUCCUGAUGUCCUCAGGCGAGCUGACCAACAUCCUCGUCUCCACCGAUGUCACCCGCUACCUCGAGUUCAAGCAGGUCGCCGGUAGCUACGUGCAGCAAGGCGCCGGGCCCAAGGCCACUGUGGCAAAGGUCCCAUCGGACGCUGCGGAGGCCCUCAAAUCGCCUCUCAUGGGCCUGUUCGAGAAGCGGCGCAUGAAGUCCUUUAUCGAGUGGGUUGGCUCUUUUGACCAAAAGGACCCGGCCAUUCACAAGGGCCUCGAUAUCAACCAGUGCACUAUGAAGGACGUCUACGACAAGUUUGGCCUCGAGACCACGACCAAAGACUUUAUAGGCCACGCCAUGGGCCUGUACCUGACCGACGACUACAUCACGGCCAAGGGCCAGGCCCCCGAGGCCAUUGAGCGCAUUCGCCUAUACGGCAACUCGGUGGCCCGGUACGGCAAGUCUCCCUACAUCUACCCGCUGUACGGCCUCGGAGAGCUACCCCAGGGGUUUGCCCGCCUCUCUGCCAUUUACGGUGGCACCUAUAUGCUCAACACAAACGUCGACGAGCUGCUCUACGAUGGCGACAAGGCCGUGGGUAUCAAAGCCACCAUGAGCACGGGGGCCGAGGACAUGAAAUUCGAGACCAAGGCCAAGAUGAUUCUCGGCGACCCUUCGUACUUUGCCAGCAAGACAAAGGUCAUUGGCCACGUGCUGCGGGCCAUCUGUAUCUUGAAGCACCCCCUGGCCGGCACCAGCGACAGCGACUCGUGCCAGCUGAUCAUUCCCCAGUCGCAGGUUGGCCGCAAGAACGACAUUUACAUUGCCUGCGUAUCGUCUGCGCACAACGUCUGCCCCAAGGGCUACUGGAUCGCCAUUGUGUCGACCAUUGCAGAGUCGUCGGCCAACCAUCAUCUCGAGCUCCAGCCCGGUCUGGACCGCCUGGGCAAGGUUGAGGAGCAGUUCAUGGGUCCGCCGAUCCCCAUGUACGAGCCCCUCGAAAACGGCACCAAGGACAAUAUCUUCAUAUCCAAGAGCUACGACGCCACCAGCCACUUUGAGACGACGACGGACGACGUCAAGGACAUUUACUAUCGCUGCACCGGUGAGGAGCUUAAGGUGGAGGGCCUGAGGGAGGGCAUCACUGUCGCGACGGAGCUAUAA